AUGCAGUUCUCCAUCUUCACGGUCAUUGCCGCUGCUGCCAGCUUCGCUGCUGCCCUUCCCACGGCCACCUCCGCUGCCCCUGCCCCCUCCGCUACUUGCGGUAAGCUUGGCAACUUCCACAAGACCACCGUCAAGGCCGGUCAGACCUUGACCAUCAUCGCCGAGCGCUACAACUCGGGUAUCUGCGACAUCGCGUGGCAGAACAAGCUCGCCGACCCCAACGUCAUCUACGCUGGCCAGGUCCUCCUCGUCCCCGUCGACGUCUGCGUGCCCGACAACACCUCCUGCAUCAAGCCUUCUGGCACCGCUACCUGCGUCACCGGCGGCGCUGCCACCUACACCAUCAAGUCCGGUGACACCUUCUUCGUUGUUGCCCAGAGCCUCGGCAUCACCACCGACUCUCUGACCGGUGCGAACCCCGGCGUCGUCCCUGAGAGCCUCCAGGUCGGCCAGGUCAUCAACGUUCCCGUUUGCUAA